UCGGCGUUAAGCUAGUAGGCUGGCACGGGCUGGUUGGACGGUUGGUUGAGGGCAGCCAUGGCUCGACUCGCUGUGCUACUGCUGUUACCGGUUCUUAUUGAAUCGGUAUUUUCAAUUUCUUUCUUUUUACCGGUCAACUCAAGAAAGUGUUUACGGGAGGAGAUCCACAAAGACGUCCUCGUGACAGGGGAGUAUGAAAUAAGCGAACAGGCGAACACCAAAACUAAUCUGAAGAUCACAGAUUCCUCCAGCCACACUCUUUACUCUAAGGAAGAUGCAACAAAAGGAAAGUUUGCAUUCACUACAGAGGACUAUGACAUGUUUGAGGUGUGCUUUGAAAGCAAAUCACCCUUGGGAACUGGAAGAGUACCCGACCAACUGGUCAAUCUGGACAUGAAACAUGGUGUGGAGGCCAAAAACUAUGAAGAGAUUGCUAAGGUGGAGAAGCUGAAGCCUCUUGAGGUCGAGCUGAGGCGACUGGAGGACUUGUCAGAGUCCAUCGUCAACGACUUUGCUUACAUGAAGAAGAGAGAGGAGGAGAUGCGGGAUACCAAUGAGUCCACCAACACACGUGUGCUGUACUUCAGCAUAUUCUCCAUGUGCUGUCUCAUCGGGCUGGCUACAUGGCAGGUCUUCUACUUGCGGCGCUUCUUCAAGGCAAAGAAGCUGAUCGAGUAGAGCGCCUCCUCCUCCCCCCCAGCUCCUUACCACGGGGGAAGCUACUUGUCGGUCAGCCAACGCAUCCCAACAUCCACCCUCCUUGGACUAGCUUCAGCAAACAACAGCAAGUGGGGUUGAGGGGCUCAAAUUCUAGUUUUCACGGCUGUGAGAAAGAGUACCAAGGUCGUCCUCUGAAAAAAAAAAAAAAAGAUUCACCUGCUUAUUUGGGGGUUUGAAACAUGAAAAGCGCUGUAGGGAGAAAUGCACUGUGACAUGGGAGGCGUAUGUCAUUGCAUUAGUGAGAUACGUCCACUCCUAUGGUACUUUACACGUUUCUGUCUGCACUGUUUUGAAUGUUGCAGCUUACUGAAUAAGAACUUGUUCCUUCAAUCGGUUGAACAGUGAUGUUUGAUUUUGAGCUCAGUUUGAAUGGAUGUGCCACGAGCGAAUGUCUUUUGCCCUUCUGUUGAUGUACACAUUCUUUGCCAUGCCAAGCAGACUAGAUCCUUGGUGCCCUUUGAUCAAGUGAAGGCUAUUUGAAAAAAGUGGUUUGUUGUUACUUUGAGGAGAAAAUUGGCAACCACUGAACUUCUGUGUAAUGUCAUUUAAUUUGCAUACAUGUUUGGUAGCUAAAUUUAACGGUGUCUUUAGUUUGUUUUCAUAUUGUAAAUGCUAUUUAGUUGCUUCUACAGGUAUAUUUUUGGGGGUUGUGAAUUGUCAGAGUGAUAUUCUCUUAUAAAUUAGGUCACAUCUAUUAGCUCUUGCACGUUCUAGUUUUGUUUUUGAAACAUCUGAACAUUAAUUUGUCACCAGUCAAAAGUAGCCAUAAACCCAGAGCCUUGUCCUUAAUGCAAGGAAUUAUCAGCAUCAUAUGUGUAUGGCCACGAGGAAUUUAACCACCCGAUUUCUAUGAUACAGUUCAUAUAUAGUUGUGCAAGUUAUUUUCUCGUCAGACUGCAGCAGGUCGAGGUUUUGUCGGGAAAUAUAAAGAAGGUUAUCUAGACAUUUUCUCUCACUCAUGCGCCUCUCUUCUUUACACACUGGUGAAUUUAAUUAUUCUUUUGAAAUUUUCAAAGUAUCACUUCCCAAUUACAGUACUUGCAGAUCCAUCCAGCGUGCUUCUUUUCGUUAGAAAUACUUGCGAGGCUUGGGUUACAUGAGAAUGUGGGUGGUUGCAAAUAUUCAGAUUGUUUUUGACAAGAAUUAAUUGAGGCAUCUGUCAUGGGAACAUUUUUAACAAUGAACAUGCGCAUUGUGCGCAAUCAAUGAUUUUUAUGUUGACUGAUAAAUUUUGUAAAUUUGUGUUGGGCUUUUAUUCAAUAAAAUAUUGGAUGGAUUUACAUUA